AUAAACGUUAAUCUUGCAGAUAGCUUGUAGUAUUCUCUGUUAUCAUUUGUGAAGUGUUGAAUUGUGCUGAAAAUGUAUACAGUUUUCUUGGUGGCAUUGUGCCUUGGCUCCGUCUUGAGCCAAGAAGAAGUCCCUUGCUACGGAGAUGGGUGUACCAACAUAACAGUAUACGUCGGACCUCGAUGGGGUUCCAGAGUCAUCACAAUUCCCAGGACCAAAAACAGGUCUAAUGAUUCCAAAACAGCUCUUGAAAUUAACGAAGACAUGAAUCAAAAUCAUCACCCUCCUCAGCACAAGCCUAUUCCAUCAGGAAAUAUAUUCAGUGUUGAAUUAACGGACGAACCUAUAAAGCUUCCGACGACUCAAAUCCCUUUAAAUGUUAGAAGAUAUCCCUCUGGCCGACCCACAACUACAACGACAACUGCCAGAGUAAGGAUUUACAAGGUUUCGUCCAACUUGUCUGAAGUUAGGUUGUAUUUUAAUGGCCAAGGAUUUUUGGAUAUGUCAUCGAGAGGAUUAUCAGGAGAAGACGUAAAGCUGCUGUUAAAGAAUCUAACAGAGUUCAACCAAUCACGUGUCACCGAACUACGUCUAGAUCGCAACAAGAUACAAUACUUUCCUGCCCUGAUGUUCCCUGCACAGUUUGAGUACAAUCUAACGAUGCUUAGUCUCAACUACAACUCGAUUACUCCAUCUUACCUAGAUAGCAUCACACGUUUUGAGUUCUCGAGGCUGAGAAAUCUCAAGACCUUAUCCAUGACCAACUGUGAUAUUGCCACAAUGACAAUGCCAUACCUUCCAUCGCUGGAAUUUCUGGAUCUUAGCCACAACUUGCUGAGCGAACUCCCUAGAGAUCUUGACCGCUUGACCCACCUUCGCCACUUGUAUCUCCGUGGCAACCGACUCUUACCAUACGUUGACUACUCCAUGCUGUCCAACCUCAACAAUCUAAGAAUUCUUGAUCUUGCUAGGAAUAGAGUCAAGUUUACAAGCGAGCCUUUGAAGAACCUUCGAUAUCUCGAAUCGUUGAACCUGGAAAACAACCAUCUGACGUCAGUGCCCGAAGUGUUCAUGGACAAAUACAAAACUGUAGUUGUAUCUCUGGACAACAAUACACUGAUGUGUACUUGUUCCCUGAUGAAUAUGAUCAAUUCAAACUUGGGUAAAAUCAUAUUUUUGUUCCAACACGACUAUGCAAGGUGCAUGGAUGGGGAUAUGGAGGUCUUCCUGGAUGAAAUGAGGAUAAUGCCCGAGAGAUUUGAACAUCUAUGUGAAGCUACUUCAUGGCAUUCUAGGACCCUGAAUUCUUUGGCGUUGUGGUGCCAGCGUAACGUGGGAAUUAUGGAAGUCAUAUUCAAGAUAACUGGAGCAUCUAUUGUUUUGGCGUUUCUGGUGUUCCUAUUACAGUGGAGAAGGAGUAAAUGCAAGACUAAAGCCAAGGAAAUUCAUUAUAAUAUCCUGGAUGAGCAGAAUAUUUCUACAGUAUCCGGACCUCAUGUUGAUGUAUAGGAAUUGUUGUCCAUCAUGAUCAAAAUAAGAGGUUAUAAAACUACCAAUAAACAGCCGCAUAAAUGUUUAAUUAGUUUAACAAUCUUAUAAAAUUAACCCAUUGACUUUGUAUAGUGAAGUUAAUACUAUUUUUCUCAGUGUUAAUUGUGUAUCAAGCAGUUAUUUAUAUCACAGCAAUGAGUAAAAAUUACACUUUUUUUCUUUCAUUAUCAUUUUCUUUGCCAACUUCUUCAGUGUGUUAAAAAGAUAAAAGGGUUUAUCAUAUUAUGUGUAAGAUCCAAAUCAUAGUUUUAUCAAUUAUAAAACACCACUAAGCUAGUGAGUUGUAUUUUUGCGUAUUUACAAAAUUCAAUUUUACAAAGGAUAUGUUAAUAUAUUUAACAAUAAAAAAUUUAUUAAGUUUACACAUAA